UCUCCAGGUGACCCACUGAGGAUUGUGAUGAUUGGGAAAACUGGUGUUGGGAAGAGUGCAGUUGGGAACACCAUCGUGGGAAAAGAAUUGUUUAAAUCUGAAGUGAGUUCAGAGUCAGUGACAGAGACCUGUGCAAGAGAGCGAGUUAAAUACUGCAAAAGAGAUAUCCAUGUGGUCGAUACCCCUGGCAUUCUGGAUACAUUUAAAAAGGCAGAUGACAUAAAGAAAGAGAUUGCGAAAUGCAUCCACAUGGCCAGUCCUGGACCUCACGUCUUUCUGCUGGUCCUUCAGAUUGGAAGGUUUACCCCAGAAGAAGAAAACAGUGUGGAAGCCCUGGAGAAACUCUUUGGACCUGAGGCAUCAAACUACAUGAUUGUAGUCUUCACUCAUGGUGACAAGCUGGCUGAGCAGAAGUCCAUACAAGAGUAUUUGACAGAAGGCCACCCUAAACUCAAAGAGGUAGUGAGCAGGUGUUGUAACAGGUAUCAUGUCUUCAACAACAAAGAUAAGAACAGAGUUCAAGUGGUUCAGCUGAUCAAGAAGAUCGAUGAGAUGGUAGCAGCAAAUGGAGGAUCACACUACACCGAUGAAAUGUUUGAAAAGGCAUGGGAGAUUCUGCAACACGAGCGUGAAAAGACUCCAGAAAAGCUGUUCAGCCACCGUGACUUCAUGGAAGAGCUGCGGCAAAAAACUCUCCAGUUUCAGCAAAAGUUGGCUUUUUUAGAGGACUAG